AUCCGUUGUCGUAAAUCCAGCCGUACGCUCUUUCUUGUCUCUCCGUGUCUUUCGUGUGAAUCCGACCCCUAAAUGUAGGUCUAAAACCUGCGUUGCUGCAGGUGAUGUUAGCCGUGGUGCCUUUUGCCGAGUACGAUGGCUACUCAAAGAGUGCUCCCUCAAAGCAAGGAAACUCUUCUCCAGAAUUACAACAAAAGGCUUAAGGAUGACAUCCGAUCUAUUUUGGACAAUUUCACAGAAAUCAUCAAAACGGCAAAGAUAGAAGAUGAGACGCAAGUUUCUCGAGCAACCCAAGGGGAACAAGACCAUUAUGAAAUGCACGUCAGGGCAGCUAAUAUUGUGCGUGCUGGUGAGUCCCUGAUGAAACUGGUGUCGGACCUGAAGCAAUUCCUGAUCCUGAAUGACUUUCCCUCUGUGAAUGACGCCAUUAGCCUCCAGAACCAGCAGCUUCGCUCAUUGCAGGAGGAAUGUGACAAGAAACUUACCUCUCUCCGUGAUGAGAUUGCCAUCGACCUGUACGAGUUAGAGGAAGAAUAUUACUCCUCCAGGUACAAGUAGGAUCAUACUUAACCCUCCAUAGUACUGUGCCUAGCACCAUGCCAGCCUCGUUUUUAACCAUUCACUGCUAAACCAUACGGGUUUAAUACUAUCCACCCCUAUCUCGUCCCUGAAGCUUUGGUGAUGUGGUUAUAUUGCUUUCCUUUGAAUAGUUCAAAUGUACCAUUCAGCAUUAAUCAACAAACAAUAUGUGGCUAAUCUCCACUGCAUAGCAGCAUCAUAAAAUAUAUGAUAAAAUUCAUAUCACCAAAUGCUAUACACCCAACAGUGACAUUAUGGGAAUUCAUGACUAAGUGCCUUGAUUUUGAUUUUUCCAUGCCUUACUGUGUGUAAUGAUUGUCCAUGGUAGUUAUGAGGUCCAAAGUUAGACUUAAUCCUCAAAGGGGUAUACCACUGAGUUUAGUUACCAUUCGUGGAGCAGUUUAGUGUGCAUUCGUAAGCAUCUACUGUUGUCUCCUAUCGUAAAAAACAAGACUAGAAAACAAACCCAACUCCUUAAUCUUGCCUCACCAAUGCACAAAUUAAUUUAAAAUCAAUCUAUCAAAGUUUGUGGGCAAAGACAGCAGCACAAAUAUUCACUUGAAAAUUUAUAUUCCAUUUAUUGUUCAUGUGGAGCUCCAUGUAUAGACUUCCCAAGUUUCUAGCUCCCAACAGACGUUUGCAAACAUUGACUGAACUGACACUUCAUUAGAUAAAUGUGGCUUGUUAAACUGAGUGGUAUUCCCCUUUAGAUGUGGAGGUCAUGGUGGGUUCUCCAGUAGUUCGUUUCAGAACUAAAACCAUUUUAGAAUUUAAAUGACAAUCCAAGUGCAGUCAGUGCAUGAGAUCAAAAGACUUAAUUUUAUCAGAUAUGUCCGUUACAUCCAUGGAUGGAUGAUCAAGAUUUAUGGCACUUGCAAUACAAUGUUAUGCAGAAUUAGGGAUUAAAUACCCUUUGAAAAGAUUACAUGGGAAGAUUUAUAACUAUGGAAAAAUGUUUUAUAAAUUUUACAUUAUUUUUAGUGUAUUUAUGUACUGAUAUUUAAAGCAAAUAUAUGAAUAAUAUCCUGUAUCGUAAAUUUGAGUAUAAAUUGUAGAUGUAUGUAUAAUGUUGAUUUCAAAGUCGGGCCUGACUGUUUCCUGUUAACUAAUUAUUUUAGGUCAAAUUUGAAGUUACUAAAACUGACUUAAGUGGAAUGAGGGUUUCCAAGGCUUUACUUUCUGCCAAAAGCAAUUUAAUUUUCUUAAGCUCCGUCCCUAGCCCUCAAUGAUCCACGCUGUAACUGUGCAGGUUGUGUCCAUUACACAUGGCACUGUUGCACACAUUUGUACCAGUCUGUGUUAGCGAUAUAGACCUAUCACCAUUAAGAAAUAAAGUAGAGACAAAACUUUGUAGUAGUUUGUCCAAUUUGUUCUGUAAGAAACCAUUCUGAGCUAUCUUUCUUAUAGGCCUAUUUGCUUUUGCCCGGUUUGAGGCUCUUUUCUACCUCACUGCAGUUGCGCUUGCACUUCUGUCAGCAACUAAUCGCUCUUAUUUUGCUGAAGUCAAAAGCAGCUACUCACAUAGUUGUGCCAUUCUGUAGUUAAGUCACAGUGGUGCAGCAUAGCAGUCUUAAGGGACAUUUCAGGUGUUAUUCCAUUAGCUGUGUUUAAGUUAAUGGAAGUUAUCUUCUGUGUGUUUGUGUAUAUAGAAGCACGAUAACAGCACUAGAUGUUGAGUCUGUACGCAGAGGGGCUAAGCUUUUCCUUAAUGCUGGCUGUUGUUUCCAAUGCUUCUGUGUAACCUUUGUCUGUCUUAAUUGUGU